ACUAUGUUUAUAAAUGGCGACUCUCUAGAAACAUUCCAAACCGAAAAGUAACUGUUUUCGGCAGUAACUUUCUUCAUUUCCAUUUGACUACGUAGUCUUUGAUUCGAUUGAUAUUAAUAAAAAAUAGUUUAUAAUGACAGAUUUUUAUGGUAAUAUAACUUGGUGGGGGUUCAGUCCAGCACUGGAUCUACAGGAAACAGGUUUUCAUGAAAUGUGUUCAAAGCUUUCAUGUGCUGCACCAGAGGAGCUCAACAUUCUUGUCGUUGGUGCAGGAGAUUGUCGGCAUAUCCUCAAAACAGUGGCUAGAAGCUACAGACACAUUAAACGGAAGCUGAAUUUUUAUAUAAUAGAAACAGCCCUUGAAUUAUAUGCACGUGACAUUUUGAUGAUGAUGAUUGCCCUUGAACAGCAACAAAACAUGGGUUUGCAAGACAAAGUUGAGCUGUUCCUGGAACUGUAUGGAAAUAGCCUUGUACGUCAACAAAGUAGUCAGUAUGUUCAAAGAAUGGUAGAUGAAUUAAUUAGAAUGGUCACAGAUUUUGACUAUAUGAAAAAGAAACUUCCAUUUCUAGAUUUGACUCAACUUAAGUACAAGGAAAGAGAUUUUCUAGAAAGCAUUUUUAAACUCUGGAGGAACAAAGAUAAAAAGGCAAUAUUUGAUAUUUCAAAGUGCUGGGACCUCAGACUUCGUCAGCUUUUAGGAGUUCGUUACGACAGCAGAUUAAAUGUUUUUGACUGGGAUUACAAUAUGGAACUUAUUGAACGAGGGGGCUCGAUAGUUUAUGUUGGUCAGUACAAGAAUUGGAGAAAUACUGGUGUGGCAUUUCAGAUAAGAGAAGGUACCUAUGACGUGCCAAAUAUCACCCUUGCUUCUUUGAUGGUUUUUAAAAUGGAAGGGGACAGAUUUCCUAGACGAGGAUACUGGGGCGACAUGAUUGUUUCCCCUUACAUAACAUUUGGAAUUGAAACUGAGGAGAAGUCAUUUUACAAGAAGCAGAACAACCAACAUACAAAGACAGCAGAGGAUAUAACAGAGUUCAACAUUCUGUCACUUUUCUAUGAGUUAGCUAACAAAAAACAGUACCAUCUGCCAGAACAGACCAAAUCAAAAGUGGAAGUGCCUAAGAAUUCAGCAACAUUGACAGAAAUCAAUGAAGAAGAGGAAGAGUUAGAGAAUCAAGAAAUGAAAGCAAAGAGUGAUACUGAUCGCAGUGUUAAAGACCUUAGCAUUGAAGAGUCAAAGUUGGCUGCUGCAGACAUGAAAGGCAAAGAAGAACUAUUUAUUCUAACUGAUAACAAUGCCAAAGAAAGUGAAGAUCAAAAUUUCUCUCAUUCUAAAUCUGCAAGUGAUGACCAUGAAUGGCUUCCCUUGGAUGAGGUCAAGGUUAUUUUUCUUCCACUGUCUUCUACAACAGAGCUUGUAAAGAAAAAAAAAUAUAGCAAGUUAUUUAAUGUUGUGUUCUUUUCUAAUAGCACUGUUCACAACCUGAAGCCAGAAUUGAAUGAGAUUUUUGCUGAUAAGUGUUCUCUUAUAUUAGAAUCAGCUUUGUUUAUGCUGGACAUUAAGAAAGAUAAUGUGAAAGAAUUUGUUAAGAAAGUAUCUGGGUUUGCCACAGCAGCUGGCUGCAAACCUUUAGAAACCUGUGAUGAUCUUCAGGACUCAUAUCUCAAGUUUUAUUUUGAACGAUGACCAAUGUUGACACUGGGUUUGGACGCAAAAUGUGAUAGGACAUUAUUAUACAGUUAAAUUAUUUUCCAUAAGAUUUAUUCCUUUUUCAAGCUACUAGUGUAUUUAAAAAUAAAGGAAUUAAAUUUUUAA